UCCUCAGGUUUAACUUGUUUGAUUUCCGCUAACUCCAUUAAAAAAGGUUUGAGUUGGGAACUAGGCAGACUUGUAGUUAUGUUACCAUUAAAUAAAAUAAAAAUGAAUAGCAAUUAUUUAGUUUCCUUAGUGAAAAAAAGAGAUCGGGUUGGUCGCGGACCGGGUUUUGAAGGAGGACAAACCCGAGUUACGCUGCGGUUUCCUAAACGAGGGGGAGGAUUUCGACCUAAGAAAGUUUAUCAAAUAAUUAAUUUAUCCGAAUUAGAAAAAGACGAGCGAGUGGCUAACGGACAAAUAAUAGACUUUACGCGGGAAAAAUCUCCCGUAAAAAUAUUAGGGGGAGGGAAUUUUACUAAAAAAUUACUUAUCAAAGCCGCAAUUUUUUCCCGUUCGGCCCAAGAAAAAAUUACCCAAACCGGAGGGAAAUUUGAGGCAAUAAAAAAUCUGGGAACAUGUUUGAAGAACAUUAAAUUAAAGAAGGGUGCUAUUCGUCAGGCUGCAGAAAAUUCAGAAUCAGAUGAAUUAACGCUUUCUUUCUCCAAAGUAAAAGAAUUUUUUAGUAUAUCAUUUAGCAGAAGACAAAUUUUUUUUCCAGAAAGGAAAACGUAUCCGGAAAUUUUCUCCAAACCUGAAGGCAAAUACGAAGGAUUUACAUUAGAAAAAGAGGCUAAACAGCAAGCCCUUACUGAAAUAGAUAAUCAGUUAACGGAGAAUUGUGUGGUCCCAAAAAUUAGUAUCUGUUAA